AUGGCGGCGCUGGAGGCGUCGCCGGCGUCGCCGACGCCGCCUGCUGUUCGCCGCUGCCCAUCGCCGACGCCGACGCCGCCUGCUGUUCGUCCGUCUGUUCGCCGCCGCCGACGCAGCCGACGCCGCCUGCUGUUCGCCGCUGCCCAUCGCCGCCGCCGCCGCCGCCUGCUGUUCGUCCGUCUGUUCGCCGCCGCCGACGCAGCCGACGCCGCCUGCUGUUCGCCGCUGCCCAUCGCCGACGCCGACGCCGCCUGCUGUUCGUCCGUCUGUUCGCCGCCGCCGACGCAGCCGACGCCGCCUGCUGUUCGCCGCUGCCCAUCGCCGCCGCCGCCGCCGCCUGCUGUUCGUCCGUCUGUUCGCCGCCGCCGACGCAGCCGACGCCGCCUGCUGUUCGCCGCUGCCCAUCGCCGACGCCGACGCCGCCUGCUGUUCGUCCGUCUGUUCGCCGCCGCCGACGCAGCCGACGCCGCCUGCUGUUCGCCGCUGCCCAUCGCCGACGCCGACGCCGCCUGCUGUUCGUCCGUCUGUUCGCCGCCGCCGACGCAGCCGACGCCGCCUGCUGUUCGCCGCUGCCCAUCGCCGCCGCCGCCGCCGCCUGCUGUUCGUCCGUCUGUUCGCCGCCGCCGACGCAGCCGACGCCGCCUGCUGUUCGCCGCUGCCCAUCGCCGCCGCCGCCGCCGCCUGCUGUUCGUCCGUCUGUUCGCCGCCGCCGACGCAGCCGACGCCGCCUGCUGUUCGCCGCUGCCCAUCGCCGACGCCGACGCCGCCUGCUGUUCGUCCGUCUGUUCGCCGCCGCCGACGCAGCCGACGCCGCCUGCUGUUCGCCGCUGCCCAUCGCCGCCGCCGCCGCCGCCUGCUGUUCGUCCGUCUGUUCGCCGCCGCCGACGCAGCCGACGCCGCCUGCUGUUCGCCGCUGCCCAUCGCCGACGCCGACGCCGCCUGCUGUUCGUCCGUCUGUUCGCCGCCGCCGACGCAGCCGACGCCGCCUGCUGUUCGCCGCUGCCCAUCGCCGCCGCCGCCGCCGCCUGCUGUUCGUCCGUCUGUUCGCCGCCGCCGACGCAGCCGACGCCGCCUGCUGUUCGCCGCUGCCCAUCGCCGCCGCCGCCGCCGCCUGCUGUUCGUCCGUCUGUUCGCCGCCGCCGACGCAGCCGACGCCGCCUGCUGUUCGCCGCUGCCCAUCGCCGACGCCGACGCCGCCUGCUGUUCGUCCGUCUGUUCGCCGCCGCCGACGCAGCCGACGCCGCCUGCUGUUCGCCGCUGCCCAUCGCCGCCGCCGCCGCCGCCUGCUGUUCGUCCGUCUGUUCGCCGCCGCCGACGCAGCCGACGCCGCCUGCUGUUCGCCGCUGCCCAUCGCCGACGCCGACGCCGCCUGCUGUUCGUCCGUCUGUUCGCCGCCGCCGACGCAGCCGACGCCGCCUGCUGUUCGCCGCUGCCCAUCGCCGCCGCCGCCGCCGCCUGCUGUUCGUCCGUCUGUUCGCCGCCGCCGACGCAGCCGACGCCGCCUGCUGUUCGCCGCUGCCCAUCGCCGACGCCGACGCCGCCUGCUGUUCGUCCGUCUGUUCGCCGCCGCCGACGCAGCCGACGCCGCCUGCUGUUCGCCGCUGCCCAUCGCCGACGCCGACGCCGCCUGCUGUUCGUCCGUCUGUUCGCCGCCGCCGACGCAGCCGACGCCGCCUGCUGUUCGCCGCUGCCCAUCGCCGCCGCCGCCGCCGCCUGCUGUUCGUCCGUCUGUUCGCCGCCGCCGACGCAGCCGACGCCGCCUGCUGUUCGCCGCUGCCCAUCGCCGACGCCGACGCCGCCUGCUGUUCGUCCGUCUGUUCGCCGCCGCCGACGCAGCCGACGCCGCCUGCUGUUCGCCGCUGCCCAUCGCCGACGCCGACGCCGCCUGCUGUUCGUCCGUCUGUUCGCCGCCGCCGACGCAGCCGACGCCGCCUGCUGUUCGCCGCUGCCCAUCGCCGACGCCGACGCCGCCUGCUGUUCGUCCGUCUGUUCGCCGCCGCCGACGCAGCCGACGCCGCCUGCUGUUCGCCGCUGCCCAUCGCCGCCGCCGCCGCCGCCUGCUGUUCGUCCGUCUGUUCGCCGCCGCCGACGCAGCCGACGCCGCCUGCUGUUCGCCGCUGCCCAUCGCCGACGCCGACGCCGCCUGCUGCACGUCCGUCUGUCCGUCGCCGUUCGUCUGCAAUGAGUACUCCCACCUCCACAGUCAUCUACACCUCCCCCUCCCCCUCUCCCACAGUCACUUCCUGGAGUGCCGCCUCUGGCCUCCCUCCUUCCACCUCCCCUUCCCUUCCUCCACUUACCCACCCCCCUAUCUCCUCCCCUGCUGUAUACCCACACCUCUACACCCUUCCUCCAGCCUCCGCACCCUCAACAGCUCCCACUACUACCCCCGCCCUCACGUACGCCUCUGUUGCCGCCUCUGCUGCCGCCCCUCAGGUGGUUGGCUUCCCCUCUCUCACCGACCCCGUCGCGUCGUCUUCUGCAUCUCCCGCACGCAUCACGUUGCGCCGAGCCGCCAUCGCCACCACUGAACCAGCUGCUUCUCCCGGUGCCUCCACUACGCCACAGGGAUCUGCCACCCGCCACCUCCCUCUCCUCCCCGUCCCUCUCCCCUCCUUCCAGCCUCCAGUCUCCAAAAAACCCCAAAAGCGCGUCCUUACCGACUCUGCUCCCGCCACUUCCCACAAAAAAUCAACGCCACCUCCCCCUCCCCCUGCCGUCACCAUGGACACCACCCCUCCUCCUGCCACCCCUACCUUGGCCCCCACCCUCCACACCUUUGUCCUGUCAACUCCCGAUCCUAAGUUCCUCGACGCUCGGCCAACAAAAAGAUACCAGUUCGGACUUGUUCGCCUGGUGCUGGUGCAGACUUGUGUACGAUAG